AUGCCACUGCUGGGAGACGGAUGGAGUUGUCGAGGAACCGUCUUCUGCAUUCUUAUGCUGAACGCCAUUCUAUGCCCUUUAGGCGAGGCUGGAGUGACAAUAUCGCAUCCUUCAGCUCGUAAGCCAAAUCAUGCCUUGCCCACCAUUCCAGUCUCUGCUACUACGGCUGCUGUCUCGAACCGCAGCAGUUCUGCCAGUCUCCAGCCUCAAGUCAGAGCCCCGUCUGCAUCUGGCACGGCUAGCAACAGUCAGCUACGCCGGUUUCAGCGUCAGGCGAUCAUGGGCCUCAGCGACCCUACCAACCAGAUACGCAGCCAGCAUGUCCUACGCGGUGAGAGGGCAUCACAUGGCAACCCCUGUUGCCGUCGUCUUCGAAGUCGGCCAACGCGAGUGCAUGUACGCAUUCUGAUGGGCCUGCAAUUUCACUCGGCGUCUUUGCGCUUUUCCCCACGCCUCAAGGGUUCGGCAGCAUCAAGAGAGCAAGUGUAUAAGCUGAUUAAGAGAAAAGCUACCGAAGAUUCCGUUUUACUCGAAUCCCAUGUUGGAGCUAUCAAAUUCCUGCCAUAUUUUACCCUUUUGGCCGCGUGUAUUUACAGUUCAAAGAUAUUAUAA